UGUCCAGCUCCUACCCCCCCACCUCCCCUAAAACUGCUCGUCGGUCGGAAUAAUGCUUGAGGAGAUGUAAUUAGUCUAAAAUGAUGAGUGCGGUAUGGCCUGUGUAACUUAGGGAUGCCAAACUGAAUUUAUUAAAUCUGCCUUAAUUGCUCAAAUAGUUGGAUUCGCGAUUUUUUUCACAGGAUUAAACAGCCCGUUCCCAUAUUGCUGCUGGUAUCCUACACAGAAAGUGUGACUAAAUAACGUGCACGUGCUGAUUACUGGAGGAGAGGCUGAAGGACAUCCCGUUUUGAUUUAGCAGGGGUGUUAUUCUUUGGGGUGAAAUGAAGAAUUUGAUUCUUUUUUGGAAAUGCUCAGCUCUCUAAUGCAACUGAACUUCAGUAGCCUUUUUUUUUUUGUGGUACAGAUUUAAACAAAUGAUUUUUUCUUAAAAAUGCAGAACCUGUCACUCGUAGAAAGUUGUACUAAUACAGACCCACCACACCAGAUGUCUUCAGAAGACCUAGCCGUUGAAGCUGGUGGUGUGUCUCUCAGUGAAAGCCACUGUAACUUGAACGAAACAACAAAUAACGAAGGAAUUAUUAAUCUUGAACUAAUGCAGCAAAGCAUCCCUGUAGUGAAUAGCAAAGGGAAAAGUUGUGGGGGGUUUUCUGAGGGUGGUUAUAGUAGCUCAGAACCCAGCAGUUCCUGGGGUGAUUUUGAAGGCUUCAGGGAGCCCUUAGACAAGUCAGAGAGAUUUGGUCAUAAUCUUGAAGUUUUGGUGAAGCCAACAAAGACUUCGAGAGUCGAUACGGACUUAAGCAGAGGAUAUUGCAGUGCUUCUGCUGGUCACCUCUCUUCUGAGCCAUCUCUGCCCAGUGGGACACAGGAGGCUUGUUGUAGCUCUCUAAAUGAGGCAAACCACAGCUAUGAGGAUAUAUUUAAGCUGGGCUUUCCAGAAGUCUUUGUGUCACAGUCCAGAGAGAGCAUAAGAAGCUUGGAUCAAGUACUUGAUACAAAUAAUGAAGACAUUGGGAUUUCUGAACUUACAAAGAAUCAACUUUGCAUUGAUUCUGGAAACAUAUGGAGAACGCUUAGAGACUUUGAUAAUACCCCCAGCUUAAGACAUCCCUGGAGUAAAUCACAUUGCCAAGAAAACCUCAUGAGUGUUCUUGGAAUAGAUGCAAAUCAAAAGGACUUUUCAGAGAGCCAGGAUGACAUUUUUGAGGAAUCAAAUGUUAAAGAUAAUGAGGACUUCAGAUUUGAUGGAUUUAGUAUUAAUGAUUGCAAAGCACUGAUCCAGACCAAGCUUUCUGCAUCGCCGGAUUCCAGACCUGGUCAUCUUUUCACCUGUAACCUCCUUUUAAAAACCACAUCGUCAAAUGGAAAUAUGCAAUAUAUAACAAUCCCAAGGAAGAAGCACAUUUUCACUACCCACAAUUUAAAAAUGAAAUUUUUCAGUAGCGAUGUUUUUUGAACCAAAUGCACUUUUAAAUCUUUUUUUCUUUUUUUUUUAACUGAAUGCAGUUGACCUUCAUUUUGUUACUGGCUUGGUACUAUAGACUACAUACGUUCUUUAGGAAGGAGAAAUAUUACUGUAUAUGAAGUACUUAAAGCCACAUUAUUAGGAGGUAUUUACCGGAUUUAAUUGUGAAGUCAAAGGUAUAAUUUUGUCCUGCUAAAUUUUGCUGCAGAGUCAUGUCUCUCACAGUAAAUCCAGCUGCAAUCACACCAUAAAGAUACUCUGGUAGAGUACUCUCCUGAACUACUGGCCUUUCAGGCCUUAAUGCCUCUUGGAUCACAAACCUUGUUUUCCUGCCAAAAUCUAAACACGCCUCAGGUGUGUUGUAAAGUGUGCCUUGUCACAACCUCUCCUCCUGUUCGGUCCGGUUUAGAUCAGUUGACAUCUGUUACUUUGCCACCACUGAACAGAAUGAGAGGAGCCUUCUACAUCUGGUGGCUUUCACCAGGCUUUAGGAAAAUAAGACUGGUUUAGCUCCUGUCUGAUAAAGCCUCCUGUGGAACGAUGGGUAGAGUCAGUGACAGGUUCUGUUCUGGCGUUGGUUUCUAAUUAAAAUAAAUCACCUUUUUGAAGCUGACUGUAA